AUGACUUGGGAAACAACAACGAGCGACGGCGCCAGCGACUGGGAGGACAAGUCCGGAGAAGAAAGCGCUAGCAAACGGGAGGAAGUGACUUUCCAACCGCGCAAGCUGUUCGAAGAAGAGGAGGAACUUCUCAUAAUGGAAGAGGAAAUCACCUUUCAGGAUUGGGCGGCUCCGGAGGGGCUCACAAUCCUGACCAUCCUUGCAGGGGAGACCACGGCUUUGGAACCUUCCGAACAAAUGCAGGGACUUUCGGGAAUCCCGGCUCGGGCACGCACAGUCCUCACUCGGCGCAGGAACUUUCUGCGAAACGGGGGAGUAAAUACCCCUUUAGCGGAGAGCACUCUGGUGGAAAGAGUGGCCAUAACGAUCCUCACCAGUUGCCCGAAUGCGGACCCAGAGGAGGUUCUGAGGGAGGCCAAAAAGGCCAUCCUGAACAUGCGGCAAGACUGCAGGGAGAACGUGAUUGCAGCAGUGCGGGAGAACCUCCUAGCUCGGGGUGGCCUGAAUCCUAGCGAGGGGAUUAGGGACAACUCCAACGAAGCCGGCGCCGCCCAAAUGGAAACAUCCUCCCUGGGGCACCUUUCCCGGCCCAAACCGGAGCACUGUGCGAAGACGCAGAAGUCAUAG